AUGGAUAUGGAAGUCGACGGGAUUGAAAAUUUAAGUAAUCCAUCUGAAGGUGGAAAGUUUUCUAAUUUGAAGGCGUUUGUGACUGCUGCACGGGAAUUCGAAGCGACACAUAGUGAGUCCGCUGUGAAUUUGAUGACACGAUAUCUUGGACUAAUAGCCUCAUCAUGCGACUUAUCAAUAUUCUCUCCAGGGCGUUCAGAAGUGUGUGCAUUCUUCAGUUCUCUAUGGCGUGUGAUGUGUGAUGGUCGUGGUCCUCACUGGGCUGGCGUUGCUGUCCUGGCCAGAGCUGCCAUAGAACCUAGUGCUAGACAUGCACUUACACAUACUUAUAAGUUUAUGCCAAUCUUGGCAAGAUUAUUAUCUGACUCCAUAUCUAAUGACAAGAAAGUUAAACUUUUAACAGUUAUGCAAGAAAUAUCCUACGGUAUCAAAAUCAGUUGGCAAGAGUCCUAUCUAAGCAGUUUAAUGAAACAGCUAACGGAAUGGAUAACACAGCCGAUGACCGAGCCACAACUUCGUACCAUCGGUCACAAGUCUCUUACAGUAUUGGUCAAUGUGUGCUAUGGGAAUCUGCCCGCAAUAUAUGCCUUAAUGAGGACUGUUGAUACUAAGGAUUUUGUGGUACAUCUUAUUAGUUUGAAGGAAGGUGGUUACGGCGGAGUAGAAGUCUGUCGUUUGUUGCUGUGUCUGUCGGGCGCGACCCGUGGCGCGGCGUCCACUCGCCAGCCCGACGUCCACAGCUACUUGUGUUGUACUAUGCGGACAUUUAACAAAGCCGUCAGUGAAGGCGACGCGACGCAACUCCUCCACGCGUACACGUUUGUCAAUGACCUGUGUUCAGACAGCAACUUGAGGAGCUACGUGCUUUCCUACCCACACUUUGUUAGCGCGCUUGAAGAAGCACUGAAGGAUGUUCAAGAGCUAUGUCUAGCAGCACCGGACGAUAUGGGCGAGCCAGAGAAUACUGUCAACUGUCUCCGCAAUGUGCUGAAAUUUCUAACUGUUUUAGUUAGCUUAGAUUUGUAUUCCUUGAGAUGUCACCACAGUGCUUUAGUCGUUCUAUGUAUGAAAGCUAGUCGCACCUGUCUGCCAGAGUCGCUCGAGCUAUUUGCUGCUAUCGUGUCACAGUAUAGAGAUGAAGGUCGUCUACCGCAAGAACUAAUAUCAGUAAUCAGUGAUGGUCUACCUGGGUUACUGGUACCACCCGCUUUAGAACCAGGGAAGGCAGGCGUGCAGUGGCUCCAAGUGGUCGGAGCACUUUGUGAAUCAGUUGAGACACAGGAGCGAGUACUACAAGAAGUAACUCCGGACGCAUUCGAAGAUACUCUGUACAGCGUACUACAAUAUACGUCACAGAACGGAGUAGUAGGCGCGGAGGCGUCCCAGCAGGCCGUGGUGGUGGGGUGCCGCACGGCGCUGUCGCUGGCGCCGCUCGACACGCACUGGGAGGCCGCGCUCGCACGGAUGCUCGCCCACCAUCAGGUUCGAAAACUCCUGUGCGUCGGUCUAACAAGCACCAACGGGCCCAGGCGGCGACAGAUACUGCAGCUAGUCAAACACCAUUACUUCCCGUCCGACCAAAUGAAUCAGGUAUUUGGCGAGUCCCUCCACGGUAUAUCGGAGUCUACGACGGACGUGACAGCGUCGAGCAGUGCUACAGGGUGCGCGGAGGGCGCGUGGUGCGGCCGCCUCGCGCCCGCGCAGGAACACGCUGUAGACGCACUCGUCGGCAAGCUCGGCGACAAGCUGAGGGAGGGGAAGGUAUCAGACAUCGCCACUUCGAGUGUGAUGGAGUUGUAUGGCUAUAAGAUGACUUGCUUAGAACAGAGGCUACAUUCUCACUCGGUAGCUUUACAGGGCGCCAGCGAACACAUGGCGUCAUUACAGCACUCGCUAGCGAUGUUACAAGCUACCAACUCUUCACAACAAGAUGUACUAUACACUACACAGAUGCAGAAUGAAAGGCAUAAGAAAACGAUAGAAGAUUUGCACAAGCAAUUAGAAGAUGCGGAGACAACGUUGCGUGGUUUUCGAGCGAAACUGGCCGCCGAGAAACUAGAUAAAGAAAAUCAAAAGGAAAAUCUACACAAGGAGUUCCGAGCGCAAAUGGCUACUUUAGAGACUGAAAUGAAAUUACGUGAGAAGGAGUUUGAGGAGCGGCUGAAGACGUCUGAAGUUGAACACAGGGCGUUACAGAAGAAAUUAGAACAACAGACAAGUAAAAACAGUGAGUUAGCGGGCGUGCUCAUAAAGUUCGAGGAGCGAGUGAAGCAGAGAGACAAGAAAUUAGAAGACGCGGCCGGCAACGAGGCGUCGCUACGGAAAGAAAUUGAUCAUAGAGAUAUGACAAUAAAACAACUAGAGAAGACGGUACUAGAGAGAGAGAACAGACUGUACCAGCUGACGACACAGCUGGAGGAGAUGAAGAGAGUGCAGGAGAUGGUCGCCAAACUGAUGAGCAAGAGUGCUUCUACUAGUAUGGGGAGCUAA